GGGCUACGCGCUGGGCUCGGCUGGCCUCGGCUGGCCUCGGUUGUGCUCGGCAGGCUGCGGUAAAUCCGGGCUUGCGGUGGCUGGCAGAGGCUACGGCCCGCGGGUCCCUGCUUCGCGCCGGGAUCCCCGAAAGCCAUGCAAAUGUCUUACGCCAUCCGAUGCGCCUUCUACCAGCUGCUGCUGGCCGCCCUCAUGUUGGUGGCAAUGCUGCAGCUGCUCUACCUAUCCCUGCUGUCCGGACUGCACGGUCAGGAGGAGCAGGAACAGUAUUUCGAGUUCUUCCCGCCGUCUCCGCGAUCCGUGGACCAGGUAAAGUCUCAACUCCGCACCGCACUGGCCUCCGGAGGCGUUCUGGAUGCCAGUGGCGAUUAUCGCGUCUACAGGUGUCUUCUGAAGACUACCAUGGACCCCAACGAUGUCAUCCUGGCCACGCAUGCCAGCGUGGACAACCUGCUGCACCUGUCCGGACUUCUGGAGCGUUGGGAGGGUCCGCUGUCCGUAUCAGUGUUCGCGGCCACCAAAGAAGAGGCGCAGCUGGCCACGGUGCUGGCCUACGCGCUGAGUAGCCACUGCCCUGAGAUGCGCGCCAGGGUCGCCAUGCACCUCGUGUGCCCCUCGCGUUAUGAGGCCGCUGUGCCGGACCCUCGGGAGCCUGGGGAGUUUGCCCUGCUGCGGUCCUGCCAGGAAGUCUUUGACAAGCUAUCCAGGGUGGCCCAGCCCGGGAUUAAUUAUGCACUGGGCACUAACAUCUCCUACCCCAAUAAUCUGUUAAGGAAUCUGGCUCGAGAAGAGGCCAACUAUGCCUUGGUAAUUGAUGUGGACAUGGUGCCCAGCGAGGGGCUGUGGAGAGGCCUGAGGGAAAUGUUGGAUCAGAGUAACCACUGGGAUGGCACAGCCCUGGUGGUGCCUGCGUUUGAAAUCCGCCGAGCCCGCCGGAUGCCGAUGAACAAGAACGAGCUGGUGCAGCUCUAUCAGGUGGGCGAAGUCCGGCCCUUCUAUUAUGGGCUGUGCACGCCUUGCCAUGCUCCUACCAACUACUCGCGCUGGGUCAACCUGCCAGAAGAGAGCUUGCUGAGACCCGCCUACGUGGUGCCCUGGCGGGACCCCUGGGAACCAUUUUAUGUCGCUGGAGGAAAGGUACCCACCUUCGACGAACGCUUUCGGCAGUACGGCUUCAAUAGAAUCAGCCAGGCCUGUGAGCUGCACGUGGCAGGGUUUAAUUUUGAGGUGCUGAACGAAGGUUUCCUGGUUCAUAAGGGCUUCAAGGAAGCAUUGAAGUUCCAUCCCCAGAAGGAGGCUGAGAACCAGCGCAAUAAGAUCCUUUAUCGCCAGUUUAAGCAGGAACUGAAGGCUAGGUACCCCAAUUCUCCCCACCGAUGCUGAG